AUUCAUUGUUCGUGGUGAGUUCCAUCAACAGGUGUAUUGUUUUUCUUGUAUAUACAGGGUUGAUUUCUGCAAAGAAUGAACACUUCUACCACCGUCAGAUUCUUCUGCGCCGUUUUUUCGUUUCUCGUCAUUUUAGCAGUGGUGUCUACAGCCCCUUACGCUGAUUAUGAUAACAAUAUCCACGAUCUGGUUGAGAUUCUUAUGCAGAAGGACAUUGACGACCAACUCGGUCUGCACCAGGUAGAAAGACGUAGACAGCCUCAACUUCGCCUCAGAUUUGGAAAACGCGCCGAUGACUUUGAUGCUUACAUGUCUCAUGCUAACGGCAACGAAAGACCUCCCUCUCUACGUCUACGAUUCGGAAAACGAGGUGAUGAUACCACAGGAACAAACGAAAGAUCUCCUUCUUUGAGGCUCCGAUUUGGCAAGAGAUUUGAUGACGUCCCAGUGCCGGUCUCUGGAUACAUACCUACUGAAGGCGAGAAUUAAGUUUAUCCUCAAAUAUUUGUCAUGAACUAUGGAAAUAACGUGAAAUUUACUUUUCACCAAUUUCUUUUCUAUAAAUCGUUACUAAAUCCUUGUUGAAUACAUUAUAUUUUUAUUGUGCAAGACAAAUUCUGUCAUUAAACUGAUAAUAAUCAAAAAGUCUUUAAUCUCAAUCAUAUGUAAAAGUAGUCAAUUUGUGUACUAUAUAGAGAAAAUGUUAGAAUAAAAAAAGACAAUUUUC